GCAACUCUGUUUUUUUAUAUAUACAUUACAUGAUAACAUUUAUUAUGUGGUUAACCUUAGUUUUGUUUCUCAUCUUCAACUUGUUUGGUGAUAAUGGCAAUAUCUUCCUCCCUCUUCAAACUGAUAUUGCUGUUUCUCACCAUUCAUGAUUUGUUUAUGCAAAGUCAUGGCCUAAAUUUUGGCAUAAACUAUGGACAAAUAGCAAACAAUUUACCCUCUCAUUCACGUGUAGCAGCACUUAUAAAAUCACUGAAUGUCACAAGAAUAAAGCUCUAUGAUGCUGAUCCAAAUGUUCUCUCAACAUUCUCAAAUUCAAAUGUUGAAUUCAUGAUAGCAAUUGGAAAUGACAAUCUUCAAAACAUGAGAGACCCUAUCAAAGCACAAACAUGGAUUCAACAAAACGUGCAACCCUACAUUUCAAAAACCAAAAUCACAGCAAUUAAUGUCGGAAACGAGGUACUAGGUAACAACGAUCUCAACAGUUACAUAAACCUUCUUCCAGCAAUGCAAUCAGUGUACAAUGCACUUGUUAAUCUGGGAUUAUCUCAACAAGUAACUGUCACAACUUCGCAUUCUUAUGUCAUUUUGUCGAGUUCAUUUCCUCCUUCGUCCGGUUCUUUUCGAGAAGAUUUAGUUCAAUAUAUUCAACCUCUUCUUAGUUUCCACGCGCAAACGAAAUCGCCUCUUUUGAUCAACGCGUAUCCGUUUUUCGCGUACAAAGGCGAUCCAGAACAUGUUUCAUUAAACUAUGUCUUGUUUCAACCAAACCCUGGCUCUGUUGACCCUGCUACAAAUCUUCAUUAUGAUAACAUGCUAUAUGCUCAAAUUGAUGCGGUUUACGCGGCUAUAAAGGCGUUAGGACACAACGAUAUCGAGGUUAAGAUAUCCGAGACUGGUUGGCCUUCUAAAGGUGAUGCUGAUGAGGUUGGUGCUUCACUGCAGAAUGCUGAGAUUUAUCAUACUAAUUUGUUGAAGAGGAUUGCGAUGAGACAAGGGACUCCUGCAAAAUCUUCUGUUCCUGUUGAUAUUUAUGUUUUUGCACUUUUUAAUGAAGAUUUGAAACCUGGUCCUUCUUCUGAGAAAAACUAUGGUCUUUAUUAUCCUGAUGGUACUCCGGUUUAUAGCAUUGGUUUGCAACAGAGUCAAGGCGGCGGUUAUUUUCCAGAAAUGGUGAUUGAAUCCAAAUCCAAUAUUUUGUCCAACAAUUUUGUCUUCUACAUACUUACAUUAUUCUUGGUGUUUAUUUGGGAGAUUAGCAGAUUUUGAUGGGGAAAAGAAUGAAAUUCAAUAAAUUUCAAAUGGAUUAUUCUUUUUAGGAAGGACUUGUUGAAGGGUGAGACAAAAGCAUCCAAGUUUUUUUUUUUUUAAUUGGAAAGCAAGUUCUACAUUUUUUGUACACAGCCAUUGGAGAAACUUUUCGAUUUUUAGUUUGUACUACUAAAGAAAAAAUUAAUGUAACCAUUGUUGAUUUCACAGUUUAGUAUUAAUUAAAGUUAGAUCCUAGAAUUUUGAUUUAUUUAUAGAGAAGUUAGAUGUGUGAUAUGAGUAUUGUUUUUCUAGGUAGAACCUAGAAAUUAGAUUGUGUAAUAUGGAGUAUUGUAUUUAUUUUUUUGACAGAAAGUUUAUAUAUAGAAAAGUGAAAAAAAAAUUUAAAUAUCCAGGUUUCAUAAAAAAAAUACGAAAAAAACCAUGUUU